AUUUCAGGCGCGACAACAAUAAUUAAUUAAUUACAUGUUAUAUAAACAAGACCAGUUGACUUGUAUAAUAUAGUACAAGAUGGCGAACAGUCAAGAGCAUUCUCAUGAUGAUUGCAGCAAGCACGAGCACGAGGACGAUAAAUGGAUCCAAAUAGAACGUGUUUAUGAAGAAAAAUCGAACGAGGAAGAAAGCUUGAUCGAUUGGCUUACAAAGAAUGUUGACUUGUACCUGCCUUCCGUCGUAGCUGAUGGCGUGACUGUGAGUAUGUAAGCUAUUUCGGAGUUCGGUCUAUUGUAAAGCCACAUUAUGGAUUACUAAAAGUCAGUUAAUAUCCUCCAAGUUGCGGUAUGUAAGUAUAACACUGUUAACAGCAGACAGCUAGAAACGAUAUUGCACACAACUGCCGUUGCCUUGCAUGUUCAAAGUAAUUUAAUCUUGCUACAGUUAGACAACAAUGUAACUAUAAAAAUCACGCGACAUACUUUAUCUCAUUUGUAAACAGAUCACCCAUGCACGAAGACCAGAAUAAUUAAAUACGAAAUAGAAUGUCGAAAUAUUAGGUCUAUUUUAGGCAGAUGCCGAAAUGGGCGUUUUUAGUAGUUUCAUUCGGAUUUAACGCAGAAUUUGAUAUAUAGAAAUUGACUUCGGAGUUCCGUCGAAUAAAAUUUGGAAGCAUUAAAUGCAACGAAUUAAUUAAAUUCGAUGGAAAUUCGACGUCUGAAACAUAUUGAAAUACGAGACCAAUGCAUUUUAAGUGGAUAAUACGCUCUGAGAAUACUGAUAUUGAUGUAAGUGUUCAAUCAUUGCGGUAAUCGAUCACCUCAUAAUAAUAUUCCUGUGUUCGAGUGUCCCUUUAUGUCGUGUGUUAAAAGUCGUGUGUCUAGUCGUGGGCGAAGUCGUGCGUCGUAAAAUGCGCUAAAACGCAUUUUUUACGAAACUAUUAUUUUUAUUUUUAAUCUUUUUUCGUACUGACUACAAUACUUUUGCCUUUAUACUUUUGCCAAUACGCACAUACGCUAGAUUAAUACAGGACAAUUUAACGCCACAAAUCUUCAGUAAUACAAUAAAAUGUAUGGUGUUUCUUCAAUGCUGUUAUCUAUAGCAGCAAAUACAGGAAAGUAAAUGUUUCUGUUUUGUAGAUGUUUUGUUUGAGGGUAAAAAGUCUUAAAGAUGAUGUCCACUCCUGUGCACAUGCGCGAACUUUGUUUACGUUUUGAAAUGCUAUAUUUGUAAAAUAUGAUAUACUAACUGAAUAUCUAACACUUUUCUGGUUCGCUAUACUUGUAAAUGAAUAUAAACUGUACGUUUCAAUUCAAAAAACUUCGAAAGAUGCAAAAUUUGGGCAAUGUUUAUAUCUGGGGGUCCCCCUUUGUUAUAAGCAGAACUGAUGCGCAGAACGGAUGGACAUCAUCUUUAAGUUAUAGGGUUUAUUAGCUUUGGAAGUGUUAUAGUCCCUAUCACGGAUGUUGCGCAGCCUCGUCCCCAGGCUCCAGUACGUGCGUGGGGUUUCCACAUUCCCCCCUUUCCCGCCCACGCGUGUUUCUCCCACGCUGGGGACUGGAUGUUGCGAAUGACUAUGUCGAUUGCAUAUGAUACAAACAUAUUGAGCUAUAAAUUUUACGCCGUAAGUGGCCAACCCGCUCGAGCCCCAAAUUUUGCUAUUUUAUCUCCUAUAGUAUAUGUUCGUGGCCCUUAAAGAUAAAUAAACAUUUCAUCUGUAUACAUGAUGGCGUUCGGAAAUAUUCCAUAAAUUGCUACAAUUUGAGAUUUCGCGAAAUUAUUUGCAGUUUUGCACGAUUUCGAGCCAUUUGCCACCAGCCUGUUAUGUUUGACAGAACAUGUCAUGUACCUCGUCCUCGAUCUACGCUUUUCAGCCGUAUUAUAUAAUGUGCGCAUUGUAAUCAUAUGUAAGCAAUAAAGACUUGAUAAAAUCAAACUUGCUGUACUUUGUUGAAUGUUGAUUUUAUUAGUUGAUUUUAUUAGACUGAAUAAACAAGAUUUCCCGUUACGUACGUGAUAUAUACUGAGGCUGGUAGUGGUUUGCCUGUGCUCUGGCUACCGUAACACGAUUGCGCUCCUCAAAGACUGCGUCCUGGAAAGCGAAGGUUAAGGUACAACGCGCAAAGACAGAACCAACACGACGCAAAAUUAUUUUUAAUUAUUUUGCACAUACUGUGCAUUUAAUUACGUUCAAUUGACAUUCAAUAUAGCAAACAAUUUGGUAAACAUUUGACCUCGCAUUUGACACCAAAUACAAGUACUAGAAUAAUAUCUACUAUAUGAUACGAGCGCCACAAUGAUUAGUGCUCGACUCGAUAUGUUUGCAUCAUAUGCAAUAGUCGACAUAGUCAUUCGUGCCAACCGUUAUAUGGACUAUAACGAUUCCAAAGCUACAAGCGGAAACAUGUACUUUUCUGUUAAGAACAAGAUAAAUAUAUAAAAAUAAAAGAAAUAUUUUCGUGAAAAAAAAACCGUUUUAGCGCAUUUUACGACCCACAAGUUUACCCACGAUUUUACCCACACCCAUGACUUCUUACUCACGACACAUGACUUUCAACACAAGACACGUGACAGAAAUGGAGACUCACUGUGUUCAUAGCAUUACCUUCCUGCACAGUUAACCGAGCUAAAAUUCCAGCCAGGCCUUUAAAACCUAUACCAGGGUUGACCAGUGGUAUUAUAAGAAAAAUUUCACUCACGUUUUGAGCUAGCAAGCAAGAUACACCGGCUGUGAUUUCAAAAGUUUGAACUACUUUUCUAAGCACCAAACUUUUAUUGUAGUUUAUCAAUGCCACUCCUAGGCACUAAAGUUUUACAUGUAGUGUAUCAAGUUUUUUUUACUCUCUUCACUAACGUACCCCAAAAACCAUUUUGUCUUGAAAAAAGGUCACGAGUACCAAACACGUUCAUUCUGUGGUACUGUACUAACACAUAACACAUACUUGUACACAUACUGUAUAGAUGUGUAGACCUGUAUAGAUUUAUCCCCUAUACUGUAUAGAUAAUUGUGAGGGUCGCCCAUGGGUUUCUAGGGAACAAGGCGACAAGGUAUAUUUUUGGACCAGGAACUGUUCCCCAAUCCCUGCUUAUCUUCGUGUUGUUGUCGUCGUUGUCGUGGUUGUUGUUAAGAGGCGACGCCAACGUGGUUGUUGUCCGAUCGUCAACGAAAUUUGACAAAUAUCCGCAUCGAAUGACGGUGUCCGAUUUUUUUUAUUUUCAAUUUAGGGGCAAUUCUUGUCUGUAUACGUGUAAAAAUAAUGAUAAUAUGCUUAUCAUUAUUAUUCACAGACAAACUUCACCCAUAACAAAGACAGUCAUGGACCAGCGACUAACCAUUAAAUUUUGAUUAUUAAAUUGUUGAUAAUAAUUAUUUAUUGGGGUUUGCCUGUUAAUGGGCGUAGUAUUAGUAAGCUGAAAACCUCAAUUGCCCACCAAGAAUUAGAAUUCUUCACGCACCUAAGCAUUUUCACUGAACAAAUAUUUAAAAGCGUUAAUUGUUUGCCCAUAAUACUACGCGUACAAAUGCACUAACUACAUCAAAGUACACGUAAUUUUCAUGUAUAAAGCAAAACAUUUUAGCGAUCGAUCGCUGCCAAUAUAAAACGCCUCCACUUUGAGAACCAUUUAAUUGACUAGUCUUUCGUUCGAUCAUUUAGAUAAUUUUAACAUAUUUAAAAAAUGCCUCGCACAGCAAUGCAAAAGGUCUAAAUGUGACCAGUUCCUGAUCCCACUAGUACGAUCGUACAGUGUACUUGGUGAAAUCUUUCCGAGGAACAAGAGAACAAAUGAAACCCUGCAUGGGAGACCUUCGCGUGGGAAAAACUUGUAUAAAGUGUUUUUCUUUAUCUUCUUCUAAUUAAAAAAUUACAAUUAAAACUAAGAAUCAUCAUCAGGUUAAAAAGACUGCUCGGAAGGCUAAAAUGUACCUCUGCAAGCCAGAGUUUAAAUCCUGUGCGCAGAUCCACCGUAACCUAUCAUGCAUUUAGUUGAAGUAAAAGAAAUAUAAUUACUACAGCAUAUUAAAAUUUUAAAGUUAGACUGGACGUCUAACUUCAACGACAUGAUCAGUUGGAACAUUAAUAUCUCGUAAUAUCUUACACUGGAUUUUAUUUUUCUGCACCCAAUCCAUGUGGUAAUCUAUUUAUUCUACUAAAUUAUGCUUCUUUGUUGUUUACUGCAUUCACUUAACAGGUGUUUUAAUAUCAACUCGUCUACCCUUCCAAACAUGCUGCACUUAUUGUCUUAUUAUCAUAAUUAUAAAAUUGACUAAAAUUUACUCUUAGCGAAUUCAGAAUCAAUGUUCUCAUUGUCAAAAGUAAGAUUAAGUAAGAUCUGGCUCUUUCACUUUCAGGAAAACACUACAUCCGAUGAGAAUUAUUCAAUUUUAAGCUUUGGAUGUGGCAGUGGGACAAAAGAUCGAGCAAUACUGGCAGCAAUCUCUUCUCGCCUUUCUGAGGAAACGAAGAUCGUCUAUCAUGCAGUGGAUCCCGUCGCCAGUCAAAUAGAAAAGUUUAAGAAAGCUAUACAGAAUGGAUAUGAAAUUCAAGAACCUUUCAAGAAAGUCCGUUUUAGUUUCUUUGCGCAAACCUACGAGGAUUACAUGCAAAAUAGAUCUAAAGACGAAGGCGUACCUUCCAAGGCAAAUUUGAUUCUGUUCAUUGAUAGCUUGUGCCAUUUUACCUCCUCCGCAGAGGACGCUCUAGUGCACUGCUACAACAACGUGGUAGCACAAGAUGGUGUUAUAUUGGUAACGCUAUGGAACAACCAAGAUUUCUGGUUUAAAAUACGAGAAAUCUACGGAAAGAACAGGAACAGUGAACGGAAGGAAGAGGAAAGCAACGAUUACCUUACUAUUCAAGAAGUAGAAGAGAUCGUGAAAAAGCAUGGCUGGAAUUUUAAGUUGUUCUCUCCAGAAUAUAGCCUUGACAUCACUGAAUGUUUUAAUUCCACUUCCGAGGCUGGUAAACAUUUGCUCGACUGUCUUGCCUGCUUUUCAAAUGUCAAAGAUGAAGUUGAUUCUGAUCCUAAGAAGCUUUUUAACUUCUUACAGGAGUCGCAGUCGAUAAGCGAGAAUGAACAUUUGCUGAAAGGAAGGCAUGGUACUCUUGUAAUUUAUAAACAAGAAUAAACGCUUAAUUAAUUAAUUAAUAUGUGCACAAUUGUAAAUCCUCCCUUACACAGCAUAUACUAUGUCAACUAAUCUUCAUUUUUCAUUCCAAACAAUACGUAAUCAGUAAAAAUAUCUAUAAACUGCAAAUAUAUAUUCAACUGGGCCGGUUGUGUUGCUAAAACGUAGUUAAAGUUCACUGCAGUUAGCGCUAACUGCCGUAGUUAAAACCUUAGAUAUAAUUAGUUAACUACACGAAGUAAUAGGUGAUCAACGACCGUUGACAAGUAUAUUUAACAUGAUUGUGGGCUCGUAUUUUGCAAAUAGGCGGGAAUUUGAUUCAAAAUAGUGAAAAAUAAUAAACAAGAAAACAAGGCAAAAAUCAAAGAAGGACGCAGUUUUCCUUAAACCAAAGUGUAGCUGUUUGGCACUGAAUUAUAUAUCAUAAUUCUUCGUGUAGUACUUACUUCGUCUUCGAGGAAUCUUCCUGUGCAAAAUAUAUUCUGUUUUCGCCAAUAAACAAAAUGAUAGCGUUUGAAGAGUUUAUAACUGUCAGAAAACAUUCACAGGGCUGAUAGCGAUUGGAAAUCCCAGGUAAGCGUUGCUUUUCAUUAUUGUCUUAAGCCCGGAAAUGUUGUUCACUUCUAACUGAAGAGUGAAGCGCCACUUUUACUGUUUAGCUAACUACCUUUUCAAAAGUUAACGAUACGUUUGGGCACAGUUAAGUUGAACUAUUUUUUAACUAAUCUUUGUCUUUGACCACAGUUACACAGUUACAGUUACGCUAAUUAUACUUUUAUACAACCGACUUAACUACGUACGUGAUUAAAGUUAACUACCAUUUAAGUACAAAACGGGUAUAGUUAAAUAGUAGUUAGUACACAACCAGCCCCAGUACAACAAAAAGCUUAGAACCUCGGCUUUAAAAUAGUAUUUGGAAUUUUUACGUAAUGGCUUGCAUGUUUGCUUGCUCUGACCUACUGUACCGACAAAUGUAUAUUAAAUAUAUAUAACAAAUACACUAUAACAUAAAUAGGAAGAAGAUCAUUAUUAAUUCUGCCUGAUGAUGACCUUGAAAUAUAAUUUUCUUAUAUUGUCGGCUGGCCGUGAUUUUUUACCAUUAUAACUAUAAAUAUGCAAUUACACUGGCCGUAAGGCCCAUUGUUGAGGUUCCCUAAUUUUCUGUGCGAAAAUUCUUCGUUUUUUUGUCAACGUGAAAUCGACCUACGUUCAUGAAGUGAACUGCUGACCU